UCGGAGAAAGACAAAGAGAACGGCUGCAGAAUGGAAGCCGAGAGAAGAGAGUAAUAUAGCCUAAAACUAAAGUAUGAGAGAGAAAGAAAUCGCUAUACCGAUCGAGAGAAGGUAAACGUAAGCAGGCAGUCAGGAACUGAGGCAGCCAGGCAGACAGGCAGACAGGCAUGCUGACUGGCUGGCUAACAGUCUGGCAAGCAAGCAAGUAAGCGAAUGAACGAGCCAGCAAGCAGGCAAAGCACGCAGGCGGUAGGCAAGCAGCAAACAAGCAAGCAAGGAAGGAAACAGGCAGGCAAGCAGCAGACCGACCGCUCCGUGGAACGCAGCAGCAAAAUCGGCAGUAGAUGCAGCCAGUUGGCUUAGCGUUGUGCGUUAGUACAGUUCUUUGGGAUUUUCAUGCUUAGACUUGGUACUGGAACGAUUAUCGUGUUUAAAAUCAAUAUAUAAUAUUUCAAGCGUCUUUUAUGAAAGGGUUGUACAAAGAGUGCGAACGGAAGGACGACAAAAUGCUAAGAGAAGGGACGAAGCGCGUGGUGUGCCGCGUCCUGGAGUUUUGUGGCAUUAAGAGAGGAGAAGAGAAGAAUAGAGAGUGAGUAAGAGAAAGAGGAACACUGGAACGGUGAGUCGUGGCUCAGACAGAAGAGACGGGGUGUACUCCAGCAAGCGGAUAACGACGGGAGGACGAGACCAGUGUCUAGUGCUGGCGUGGCUGAGAGAGGAUAGGAGAGGUCGCGAGUGAGGGCGGCAGGGUGCGGUGAGGUGAAACGAGACGCAAAGAGAGGAGUGGCUACGACGAGAAAGAGAGAGAGGGUCGAGUGCCGAGAGGAAUGAAACGAGGUGAGGUGAGGUUAGGAGAGGUGAAGUGAGGUGCGGUGAGGUGAGGCCAGCCGUGACGAGACGAGACGAGACGAAGCGGGACAGUACGCUACGAGACGGGAUCACGAGAGCUGACACGAGACAGGCAAACAGCCUGAACGACCCGAUCCGUGUGGGAUAAAGUCACUAGCUCUCGAAAUACGAUAAUGCAGUGAUUGUUAUAGUAAAGAGUAAAGCGAGGUGGAAUGAAGAAUCGAUCGUGGUGCAUCGAGAUCAGUCGAGCCGAUGUAGUAAUGGCGCUGAUAAUUCGCGAGCGGAGUAGUGCGAGCCAGUCGACGACGUUUGGUUAUUCACUGGCAGUUUGUGUUUGACAGUGUAGUGCUGUGGCUGUGUGCUUUGGUGAGGGCCCCGGAACGUCCGAGAACAUCCUCAUAUGGAAAAGUCAUAUCUCCACCUGGCCCCCGUUGACGGUCUCUGCCUUAUUCGAAUUUCGAAUGCAUCCCUUUGACGUACACCCACCUCUACUGCGGCACGUUGAAUUCACCUAGGGAAGAAAGGAAUUUUGUUUUCACUCCUAAACGAGAACUCGACUCGGGACGUACGAAGUGGAGUAUAGAAUCAGGCGAGUUUUCUCUCCUGCAACAUCGUCAAACGGAUCUCAAGUCCGAGUGCGUUUUCGUGUGCGUUGUGUGCGCGCGCCUCGAGAGCCGGGAACGGAGUGCGUGCGUUAGUGAAGUCGUGACAACACCGUACCAGAACCCCAACGAAUUCUCUUUCUGUCUUACUCCAGUACCCGUGAUUUUCUCUCUUUCGUCCACUCUAUCCUUCUGCCAUUCCGUUUCUCUGUCUCUCUAACUUCUGUCUCACUUUCUCACUCUUUCUGUCAUUCUAUUUACCACCAUCUCUUUCCCUCUCUGGUGCGACUGUUCCGUCUGCUGCGCGACUUUUCACCGGCGUCCGAGUUACUCACGUUCCUCGCGUGUAACACGUUGCUCCUCGGAAUUUACACCGAUCGCAAAGUCCGCGAUUCGUGCGAUAUUAUCCGUUAAUAAAAGCAGAUACGUGACAUAGUAGUGUGGACGACACCGUUCAGAGGAGGAACAAAUACCAAAAGACAAGGAUGCAGAGGCGCAUUGUGAACCAAUAAUCAGUCAAAUCAGAAGCUUGAGGUGAUUUUCAUAUCCACGAUAAUAAAUAGGAGUGUAUUUAUUCUUUGGCGAAGUAGAGAAGUCUAUGCCCAUCGUAGUGAGGUUAGGUUAGGUACAGGAACGCUCGCGUCGUCCCGGAUUCUAAGUCUUCGAUACACGACAACGACAACGACGACGAUCACGAUUGCAAUUACACGACGGUAGCGGCUAUCACGACGACGACGAACGCCCUGACGUUCUCCACGUUUACUAUCACGGAACCGAAGACAUUACGAUCACAACGGCGAUCACAGCUAUCACUGUGAUUACUCCGAUCGCGGAGAACAUCACGCAGACAACGAGAAACAACUUUAAGAAGAGGACACACGAAUGCUGAUACCCGGUGGAAUGUUGGUCGCGGGAACCGCGGCCCAUUGCCUUUCCACAGCCGCUGGAAUGCUUCGCUUCCUCGCCAGACUUUCAGGGAGGCGGCGGCACGUGCGUCGGACUUCUGGGCCAGGUGGAGGCGGUGGCAGAGCUGAAGUAGGAGCAGAAAGAGGAGAAGAAGGACCGGCAAGAGGUUGUGGAGAGGCAGUCAGCGGAGUCGGAGGAGUUUGCUCAGUGGCAGAGGAGGAAGAGGCCUGCUGCGUUGGCAGCGACAACAGCAAUAGCGGAUACAGCAGCAGCACCGACAGCAACAGCAGCACGAGGAGUUGUAGCCUCUCGACGGGGGAUGAUGUGGCAUUGUGCUGCCAUCAUCACCACCACCAUCACUUUCACCACCAUCAUUACCAUCAUCACCAUUACCACCUUCACCAUCAUCGUCAUCGCCACCGUUAUCAUCAUCAUCGUCCCCACCGUCAUCACCACCAUCAUCAUCUCCACCAUCCUCAAGAGAAAGAGGAAGAAACGGAACAGGAGCGAGAGGAGCAACAGUCCCACAGACAGCACGAACUCUCCCGUACACCCACUAAUUCCAUUGUACGAACGUCCAUUCUCGAUACUACCACUACUACGACUACUACCACCACCACCACUACUACCACCACCACAACAAGAAUUGCUACCAACAAGAUUGACAAUACAGCCACGAUCACGGGCACAGCCAUCGCGACGACUGCCAUGGCGAAAGGAUGCAGGAUUCCUCCGUAUAUCGCCACUUUGCUCAUCCUCACGUACACCCUGUUCGGAAUAGCAGACGCAUGUUCGUCACGAUCGACGCCGAAGCCGCGACCACCGACGACAACACCGAGACCGAAUAUCACAUUCCACAUGUACACGUGUCCGCCGGACUACGCAGAGUGGUAUUGCCUAAACGGAGCCACGUGCUUCACCGUCAAAAUCGUCGACUCCCUCCUUUACAACUGCUUAUGUGCCAAUGGUUACAUAGGGCAGAGGUGUGAAUUCAAGGAUUUGGAUGGUUCCUAUUUACCUUCACGACAACGAGUAAUGUUGGAGACUGCCAGUAUUGCCGGUGGCGCCACGAUAGCAGUAUUCUUGGUGGUCAUUAUUUGCAUAGCCGCGUAUAUCCAUUGUAAACGCAAACAGAAAGAAUUGCGUACAAGUAAUUGCGGUGUCGACACUGUGGACGGACCUGGCCGAGAUCCAGAGCUGAGGCCGUUCAGUAAUCGAAACCGUUCGCUUAUGAUCUUCAUGGCUAAGAAUCCAAAUGCAUCGCAGACGCUCAAUUCCUCGAUAGAACAAACGCGAAUGCCAGAAUGGGUUUAUCCGCAGCCAGAGACAACGAGGAUGACGCCUAACGACGAGAGUAAACGUUCGUCCCAGUAAGUUCAACCCCUGGACGGGAGCGAAAUUCAAAAGAAAUACAUCGCUAAGCAGCGACAUCAAGCACCUUAUGUCGAUACUGACCUUUCACGAUGGUUGUGCCGAUACAUAUCUGCUAUACGUAGGUAGUAAUAGCAGGUAAUGCGAAAAUGGAGGCUCGAGGCCUUAUCUUCGAACGUAUCGACGUCGUCGUGUCUUCUACGUCUUCGACAAGCGAACGUUCAAAAUUUCGAGAAAAAGUGCGUACGGACUUUUCUAUGUAUUCACAGUUUCUUUCUUUGUCACUGACUAGGACACUAUCCUUGUUUAGAUACGCGAUCCUUCAAUACCUGAGCCUGCGCGCUCACGAGCGCGUGCGUUUUGGCUAAGGUAACGCGUAAGAAGUGAAUAAGCGAUAAGAGAAUUUAAAGACGAUUAAAUAAAGUGAAAAGUGGAUAUAAUUUAUUACGAUUCCGUAUCGAUAAUUAUCGUGGAUCGCAUUAGUCUCAAUGCUGAGAAUCUGAUAUUGAGUUUCUCUUCUACGACUUGAUUAUCCUAUCCUUGUUAAUCAUAAUGGCGGUAAACUUAGCGGUACGCCCUGAAGGUCACGAAAGAUAUAUAUUUUCAAGAGUAAUCAAUAUCGAAAUAAUCGUUUUUUUUUUUUUCUAAUUAAAUCACCUCGUCUACGACGUGAUUGUCCUCAUUAAUCAUAUUAGCGAUACACUCAAAAGGUCACGAAGAUGCAAAGAUACAAAUUUUCAAAAGCAAUCUUGUCGAGAUAAUCAUUUUUAUUUUAUUAAAAUCACUUUUUCUUCUCGCUUGUCAGUUAACGCGAGGCUUGGCCAGUUAGCUCCAGUAUUAUUUCUCUCAGCCAUUCGUUGCGUGUUUCAUUGUUUGACGUGUUCCUGUUCAUCGCACGCUAUCUUCUUAUUACGCGCCAAACAGUCAAUUAAGAUUAAUUGAAAAAACGGACACAAAUGACAAACUUAGGAUGUAACGAUCGACAAUGUCAAUAUGCGUCCAAUGUUUCUUCACGCGUCUAUGGAAGCACCGAAACAUCGGGAUACGGUCGAUCGUUUCGACAUGGUCGUGUUCGCGGGAUCGACUAAUCUCGAGUACCGAACUGUCCCGAGAGUUUUGUCAACCGGCGUCCUGUAAAAAAAAUGACUCACGGGCUGCUUGUUUGUCCAUCUAGUUGGCUGGCUGGAUGGCUGGCUGGCUGGCAUCGCGAAUACCACGUUUCUGUUGCCACUUUUGCUAUUAACCACAAUGCGUUAUUUAAAAGAGUUCACAAUAGGGUGUGCCGGAUCAUCCACGAUUUGAUCAGCUGAUUUAAAAAUGACGGUCGUGAAUGAUCAUCAGAUGACCAGGGACAUGUCGAAUCAUGAAACGUUUUAUAAGGUGUUUGAACGAGUUCGUUAGCGGACUCAGUUUUCCUUUGUGUAAAUAGUAAGAAGAAAGCAAAUAAAAAGAGACAAAAAAGAAUUGUUCGGGGCUACCGAAAGCCACACAGACGUUAUGACGUAAUGACGUCGCGACGUCCUUGCUAAUCAAGACACAAAUUGCGCACUUUAAUCGGAAUCCGAUCGUUCAUUCGUAUCCGUGCAAAUGGAUUAUUAAGUAGAAAAAGAAAAUGGUAUCCAAUGAUGAUUUGUAUAUUUGUAGAUACUCGAAGCAUUACUAUUCUUCCACAUAAAUCCCAUCCUUUCCUGGUUUUUCUCCUUAUCUCCCCAAUCCAUCCCUUGUCUGCCAGAGACUCUCUGACCUCCAUUAUUCCUGCUUUCGUCACUAAUCUAUUGACCUUUUCCUACCUCACCCUGCUUCUUUUAGAUUAUCACGUAAUUAUCAAUUCGUAACGUAGCUCGUAAUCGAUCGGUAAAUGAUUUUUCCCCAGUAUUUAAUUAGCUGUAUUAUUAAGAGCUAACAGAGAGAGUGGUGUGUGUGUGUGUGUGUG